CUCGUUUCUCCACGCAGCUGAAACAGAUGAAGGAGCUGGAGAGGGAGAGAGACGCCCUCUUGCACGGCCUGGAGAUGGUGGAUCGCACACGAGUCUGGUACUUGCAGCAGAUCCACGGAGUGAAGGGGAGACAAGACCAGGCCAAGAGGGGCUUCGGAGACACCGAUCGCCCCAUCGACUCUCGGCCCAACCGAGCAUGUCUUCUCUUGGCCAAGAUCCAGGAAGUCAACUCCUGCCUCAGCGACCUCAUAUCCACCCCUGGACAGACGCAGUACAUCCAUCAUCCCGCCAACGUGCUUCCCGGGAAGGUGACCGGGAUCCACCGGCAGUCAGUCGGCACGUUGCAGGAACAGAACCGCCUGUUGACCAAGGAAUUGUCCGUAAAGAGCGGGCGGAUCACGGCUCUGGAGAUGGAGAGGGCGGCUCUGAUCAAGCGGCUGAUCGAUGUGCAGAACCAAGGCUUCUCGGAGUCCAGUUGUGAAGGCUCCACCAUCAUCUAGCCCGGCGACAGCGCGGAACAAAGCAAAGAGUCUCGGAGCAAAGAGGUCCUUCUGCAGUUGUACAGGGCCCUAGUGAGACCACACCUGGAGUAUUGUGUGCAGUUUUGG